AUGUCAGGAAGCGCGGGCUACGACAGACACAUUACUAUCUUUUCUCCUGAAGGCCGACUAUACCAAGUCGAAUACGCCUUCAAGGCUAUAAACUCUGCAAACAUUACCUCUUUGGGUGUUCGUGGUAAGGACUGUGCCGUCAUUAUUUCACAGAAGAAGGUUCCUGAUAAACUCCUGGAUCCUGCCUCUGUUUCGUACCUUUUCCAAAUCUCUCCUACCAUUGGUGCUGUCUACACCGGCUCUAUUGCUGAUGCUCGUGCUUCUGUUCAACGUGCACGCUCUGAGGCCGCCGAGUUUGCUUAUAAGAAUGGCUAUCCUAUGCCCUGCGACGCGUUGGCCAAGCGUCUCGCAAAUAUUUCGCAAAUCUACACCCAGCGUGCAUACAUGAGACCCCUCGGUAUUGCUGUUACUCUCAUUUCCGUCGAUGACGAACACGGUCCUAUGCUCUACAAGUGUGACCCAGCAGGCUAUUAUGUUGGUUACAAGGCUACUGCCACAGGACCAAAGCAACAGGAGGUUAUGAAUGCCUUUGAAAAGAAGCUUAAGAAGAAGGAUCAUGCCGCUGGUGACUGGAAGCAAGUCACCGAGCUGGCUAUUUCGACUCUUUCGUCAGUUCUCAGCGUUGAUUUCCGGAAAAACGAUCUUGAAAUUGGUGUUGUUGGCAUUGACGGCAACCCCAACUUCCGCAUCUUGACCCCAGAUGAAAUCGAUGAGCGCUUAGUUUCUCUAGCUGAACAGGAUUAG